CGGCUCAGAGACGCGCCUUCGAAAGCAACUGAUCUGAACUUCUUUUCGACCGUCGAGCUUCGGAUUUUACAACUCUUAUACAACCACAAUCUGAAAUUUGAGGAUGGACUCCAAUACCAUCGAAGAAAAAGAUAAUGGGAGUGACAUGGGGGAUCAUUCCUUGCUACCUCCUCGACGAAGGAAUAGAGGAGGAACAGUCCCACCCCUCGAAGAAUCCAUUACUCAACCGUCUACUGCAAGCUCUUCGUCUCUCUCCGAUUCGUCUUUUCCGUUCAACGUCUCAGACUCAUCCCAGCCAAACAUCAUCUACCGCGAUUCUCAAGAGCCUCCACCAUCAGCUGGAUUUGUGCCACCACCGUCCGCGAUCCAAAAGGACGAUGCUAUGCCUAGUCUGUAUUCCUUACAAUCUUUUGGAAUUCCAUAUUCCAUGCAGUUUCCGAUAGGAGUUCAAUCUGCCUCGGUUUACCAGCCCAGUCUACCUUCGUUUGUAGGGAAUGCCCCAGACCAAGAAAGAUUUCUCAUGGCCUUAGCAGAUGUUCUCAGACACAACCUAGGAUCAAUGCAACCUAAUAUAGAGAUUCCAGCUCCUUCGACAAGCGUCCAAUCCCGUACAUCUACCCCAAUUCAUUCCCCAGAUUCACCGAGAGGUAAAAUGUCGUGUAUCUCUCGAUCGCCUUCGCCUAGCGUGUCGUUGGGGUCAUCUUCGUCAUCCACUCCUCCAGAUGCCCGAAAUUCUUUACCAGUGAUUAUCAGUACUCCCUCUGACCCAAGUCGCAUCUUUGAAUCCGAAGAUGGCUCUCCACUUUCUUUUUUUGUUCAAAUUGACAUGACCAAUCGUGGGGCGAUUGUCAGUAAAAUCAAGACUCACGGUGGAAUCAUCAAGCCCAACCAAGCCGACGCUGAUUACUCGAUACUGCAAUCCAAGUCAAAGAUCUACAAACCAUUGUUGGAAUCCUGCGUUACAGCAAAUAAGCUCGCGGUUAGCAUGUCAUUUGUGCAUGACUGCGUUGAACAUGGUGUUUUGUUCGACCAUACUUCCUUCCUCUUGCAACGACUCCCACGCAGAGGUCGGGGGAAAGAAAAGAAGGGGCCCACGACCUGUUUCCAGUCAUCGAAGUCCCCCACUCCUGGCUCUUACAUGAAAUCAUCCCGCUCUUCAGUACCCCCAAAGUCAUCCUCCCAUUCCCGACUUUCGGCAAGAUCCCAGUCCUCGGUACUGUCACUGUCUGCUGCCCGAUUUAAGUCUCAGAACCGCCCCGAAUCCCCAAUCAACCCCCGAUCUGUGGUCCCCUCUGCAAGUCGACCUCAGCCUCGUGAACUGUCCGAGGCGCAAGAAGAACAACCGGUUCGUAUCAAAAAGAAAAAGAAAAUAACUCGCGGAGACCAAGAUAAGAAAGAGAAGUCGACGAAGGUAAAGAAUGCAUCUCACAAGGACGAAGACGAGAAAGCAAAACAUGAAGAGAAAAAGAAGCUGAUGAAGGUAGCAGAUACAAACACCAAGCGGACGCAGAGUGACCUUACUCACCAAUCCUGUGAACGCUCGCCUUCACCACCUCCAGUGCACACGCGUGUUCAAAGGGCAGAUGGAAAAUACCAAUAUCCUCCCAUCGAGAAGGAAUAUGUACUUCGCUACGUUCAGGUGUUAUUCGGACAGGAUUAUGAAAUGGGGAUCACAACUCUAGCUCAAAAAAUGCACGACAAAAUGCCACAUCAUACUUUCAAUUCGUGGUUGACAACGUUAAAUUCGGGCCCGAUGCGCUUGGAGAUAGAUGCGACCAGGAAACGAGCGGGGAUUUUGUAUCGGAAGAAUCUACACUCAGGCGCUCAGGCAAGCGCUCAAAGUCAAGGAAAAGCGCGGAGCGGUGAUGCUGAGAUCCAGAGAGCUAGCAAACGUCGGAAAACGGACGAAAUUACCACAGAUGACUCGGUAUCCGAAGCUCAAAUACAAGACGACAUGAAGGUCCUUGCGAAUUUUCUUAUGAGCAGGCAAUCUCAGGUUAGCGACGAUGAACAAGAUGAAAAAGCAUUUUGGGCUCUUCUUACCAGUCAGGCUCGUUGUAAAACUGCCUUGUCUUGGAAGGAGUUCAAUCAGAAGCACCACCAUCAGAUUCUUGCAAAGUGCGAGUCAAUAGCCCAGAGCGGAGAUUCUCUUGGGCAAAGCAUUUCGUGA